GCUGACUAUGCAUUUUUAAGGGGUAUCUGCUUUGCUCCUUUACGAGUGCACUCUUGACCUUUAGCCACCUUAAAUUGAUACAAUGAACUUAACGCGUCAUAGAAUCUGUUAGCUCAUUUACUUGUUUAAGCGACAGAAGUGUAAACGUGACUAGUGGCUUGAAGGAAGCAUUUAGAGAAAUGUGUUCAACGGCCAUAUUGGCACGACGUAGAGGUUAAAUUUAACACUUGAACAUCACAGCAUGAUAGCGUAUACAUCGUUAUUUGCUAUGAUUUUUGUCGGCGGUCUCAUAGUUUCUGUUCUCGCUCAGAUCCGGAAAAAACGUCGAAGCAAAUUUCACACUGUACGGAGUUUACUGAUCCACUACUUUAUCAAUCGCUUUGUGUAUCUCUUGGGAGCUAAAGCAAGAAGACGCCUGGAAAAAGACACAAAAAGUUUUCCUCAAGUUCAAGAAACAUUUUUGUUGAACAUUCUCAGGAAAAACUCAAAGACUAAAUAUGGCAGAGAAUUCAAGUUUCAAGAAAUAAGGAGCUGCCGGGAUUUUACUGAUGUUCAUCCCAUCACCAAGUAUGAUCACUACAAACCAUUUGUGGAUGAAAUUUAUCGAGGAAAGACGAAUGUACUGACCAAUCAAGAUCCUUGGAUGUUGGCGGUAACAUCCGGAACAACAGGAAGAAGCUGUCUUAUUCCCAAGACACGAAACAAUUCUCGAGUAUUCGUGGAAUACGGAUUCUCCGUGGGACUUUACCACACUUUGUUUAACGUUCUACCCCUGGCGGACAGCUUACAGAAGUCUCUUAAACUGUUUCACGCUCCUCAAGUAAGAUGCUCAGAAGGAGGGAUUCCAAUAGGACCUUCAACUUUAGCGCCUUCAUUACAGCUCCACGCCCUGUCCACUCCCCGAGUGCACCUUGACGUCCCGUCUGAGCCCGCUGGACUUUAUAUUCACGUCUUGUUUGCACUGAGAGAUAGAGACCUGGGUGCGAUUCUGGGCAAUUUUGCGUUUUGGAUUCACGGGGUUUUCGUCUUCCUUGAGAGAAACUGGAAAUUAUUGGUGCAAGACUUGGAGAAAGGUGAAAUCAAUAUGGAUCUUGACAUAACAGAUGGAGUUCGAAAAGAGCUAAAUAAGCUGCUAAAGCCAGAUAAACAACGAGCAAAUGAACUAAGGGUGGAGUUUCAGAAGGGCUUUGAUGGAAUCGCCAGGAGAAUUUGGCCACACCUUGCAUAUGUUCAUGGAGUAGUGUCAGGUUCUUCUGAACUUUAUGCCACGCAGUUACGGGAGCGCUAUCUCAAGGGUGUGGCACUGUGUUCCACCAUAUAUGGAGCAACUGAAGGAUUGAUUGGAGUGAACUUAUGGCCACUGAACUCGGAACUUUGCUAUCUCCUUGUACCUCGCUCAAUGUUCUUUGAGUUCAUACCACUGGAGCAUACUCACGAAGAACAACCGAAGACGCUGUUUGGUGAUGAAAUCGAACCCGGUUGCUUAUACGAACUAGUGGUAACCACACUGAGCGGUUUGUACCGUUACAGGAUUGGAGAUGUGGUGAAAGUUGUCCGUUUUUACAACAAUUGCCCGGUGGUAGAGUUUCAGUACAGACAAGGUCAGCUAUUAAACAUGCGCUCGGAGAAAACGACUGAGACGAUGAUGUACGAGGCAAUUACGAAUGUGCUCCGAGGGAAAGGCGAGAAAUUUAACCUCGUGGAUUACACAUGCGCAGAGAGCAUUCUGUUGGAUUUUAUCCCAACGAAGAUGGAUUUCGUUAAGGAAAAUAUUGGCCAGGGUAAAAACAACAACCACAAAUGCAAGGCUGACUUCGAUGAUGUUAAGCCAUUCUACAUAAUUUUCUUGGAGCUUAGUGCAACGCGAGACCCAGAAGAGAAUAGGCUGCUUUCACAGGAGUUGGACCACGCCCUUUGUGAGGUGAAUCCAUUUUAUCUCAUUCGUCGUGAAAAUGGCGGCUGUAUUGACAGACUCAAAGUUUGUUUGGUCCAACCAGGUACGUUCAAGAAAUUUCGCGACUUUCUACUCAAAGUCACACCAACAGCUGUCAACCAACUGAAGAUUCCGCGGAAACUGACGUCGAAAGAACAACUGAUGUUCUUUUGCGAGAAUUCUGGCCACAGAGCACGUUUAAAUAAUUAGCAAACUUCGAGAAAAGCGCUAUGAUUAGAGCGCAGUUCAAUUGAGUAUCAAAAUAGACCCCCCUGUUAUCGCUUCCGCUAAUCAGAAGUGAGGAAGAUAUUGAAAGGAACCAAUAAGAGUCCAAAGUAAACACGUUGCGGGUUUUCUAAACCAAUCACAAAGCAAAAGAAAGCAAAACCUAUGAAAACCUGGAAUAAUUUUGACACUCGGUUGAAAACCGUUCUAUUUAUAGCAAAACAAAUCCAGAACGAAAAGAGUAAAGAGCCAAUACUCUAACCAGUUUUCUCCACGGAGAACAUACGAAAAACGAAGACUAAAGGGCAAAUCAGUCACGGUGGAGAAAACACUAUUUAUUUCCGUGAGUAACUUCUAUUAUUGCAGCGACAAUAUAGUGUCCUAUGGUAUCAUUAACAACAUACCAAUAUUAUUUAACAUAUCACAGGACAUAUCGCAUCGUUCAGUAUCUAUCAUUUUACUAUCCCAUAGUUUUGGUUCCUCACUCAGGAGUUCAUCACACUAUAUUAGUCACAAGGGUAAGAUAUUUGUUUAAUUGCAUACAUUUUUUGGAUAUCAUAUCAUCAAAUUAUUUUUUGGCGCUCGCUUGAGUAAAGCACCGUGUACAACUUAAAACGUAUAUUAAUUACGUUUUAUCAACUGAGUUGAUACUGUAAAUUGAUCACCGUAAAGAGUUUCAAAGCUGAUGUUUUGAGCGUUAGCCCUUCGUCAAAGCAGAUUUUUUAUUAUCAACUCAGUUGAUAAAACCAAAUCAUUUAUAACAUAGCUAUUUAUAAUGCAGUUUCCAUACCCAGAA